AAAUUGCAUUUUGAAGUGUGCAGAUUAAAAACUAGGUUAUGAUUAGUCAUUAACUUGUCAUUAACUUCUAAUAUUUUAUCAAACUCUUGGGAAAUAUAGAAAAUGGCACAUAGCAGCACUAAUGGAAGCCAAGUCAGCUGCGCUGAAUCAUUUAAUUCAUACAAAAAUGAAUUUUACGACAUGAACCACAAGUAUCGAGGUAAAGCCAUUAUUUUUAAUCACGAUCGAUUCGAUAUCGAUAUCCCACCACGAGCCGGUUCUCUGAAAGAUUGUGAUAAUUUAGAAGAAUGUUUAACAGCGUUGGGAUUUAGUGUUGAUAUAUUUCAUAAUUUUAAAUAUACAGAUAUUAUGAAACAGAUUGAACAAACAGCUGAGAUGAAUCACUCCAAAAAUGACUGUCUACUCAUCAUGGUUUUAAGCCACGGAGAAUCGGGACUACUCUAUGCCAGAGAUACCCACUACAGAGCAGAAAACUUAUGGAGUCCUUUUACUGACGCAAAAUGUCCCACGCUCGCUGGUAAACCAAAGUUAUUCAUGUUUCAAGCGUGCCAAGGCGAUAAAUAUGAUGACGGAAUCACACUAAAACGAGAGACCGAGACAGACGGCUGGUAUGAACCUCAUAAAAAUCCUGUUCAUCCUGAUUUUCUGCUUGUACUUUCUACCGUACCCGGAUAUUUUGCGUGGAGAAACCGUGACCGUGGAUCCUGGUUCAUUCAAGCCCUCUAUGAAGAAUUAACCUAUACAGCAGAAGACCCUAUUGAUAUCUUGACUCUACUAACUUAUGUGUGUCAAAAAGUUGCAUUAAAUUUUCAGUCUGAGACAUCCAAUGAUGUAACUAAUUAUAAAAAACAAGUUCCAUGUAUUUCAAGUAUGUUAACUCGUCGUCUAGUCUUAGCAAAAAAACCGAAUGGGAAAUCAAGCAGUAUGGAUAGUUUUCUUAAUAGCUUUAAAAAAUGUUCAUUUAACUUCGAAUAGAUGGGCCUGACCUGGUGCUUCAUUAUAAAGCAGGCAAUUAUUAUUAGAUAUAAUUAUGUUUAAGUACAGUUUUAGAAAUGAGUAUUGUCAUAGUUACGUAAACAUGUAAAAUAAGGUCAAGGUCGUUAAACCUAACCUAACAAUAUAGCUACUACGGGCGAGAGGUGACUAGAAGAAUUUAUUAGGUAGGUACUUACGGUUUUGGUAUGUCUGCCUAAACUGGUUAAAACAGGAAACUUCACAGAUAGCUACACAUUUGAUUUUAGAUUUACUUACCUAGGUACUGCAGAUUAUUGCCCCCGUUAAAAAAACACCGUCAAUGUUCGAAUUAAGCUCUAUUUGGAAAACCAUAAGCAUUACCUGUUAAAACAAUAGCUGGUUUUAAAAGCCCAUACGGUAGGUAGGUACCUACUUAAAUUAAGCACCUAGUCAAGUAGUCACCUUUGUACGUAGAUAAAAGCCGC